AUGACCGUUGUGAUCAUUGUGUGUUUCCAGAUCCCUUACCUAGCUGAUGGCGUUCGUAUCCAUGGAGAGAAGGUGUCUGAGGCUCUGAGGCCUUUCCAUGACCGCCUGGAGGCCUGCUUCAAACAGCUCAGAGAGAAAGUGGAGAAACAGUACGGAGUCAAGACUCUGCCUGCGGUGGAUGACAGACGUGGGACCCGUCCUCGCUCUAUGCUGCGUUCCUUCACCAUGCCCUCACAACAGAGACCACUCUCUGUGGCUUCAGUCAACUCCAUCUCCUCUGACAACUCCCCCUCUCGACCUGGCUCAGACGGCUUUGCCCUAGAGCCUCUCCUGCCAAAGAAGUUGCACUGCAAGUCCCAGGAUAAGCUGGAGCGCGACGAGUCGGAGAGGGAGAGGAAGGACAAGAAGAAAGAGAAGAGGAACAGUAAACACCAGGAGAUCUUUGACAAGGAGCUGAAGACCACUGACAUCUCCCUGCAGCCCGCCGAGGCAGUCAUACUGUCAGAAACGAUCAGCCCACUGAGGCCUCAGAGACCAAAGAGUCAGGUGUUGAACCUGUUGAGUGGAGACCGCCGUCUCUCCGUGUCCCCCGGACCCCCCCAGCCCCAUUCCUCCCCGGGCCCCCCACCCAUCACCCCCAGGAACAAACUGUCCUUCAGCCUGCUCACCGUCUCCAGUCUGGAGCUGAACGGGAUGGGGGUUGAUAAAGGAGAGACUCCUCCUCCCCUGCCCGUGAAGGGCAUCUCUGCUGAUUAUGGGAACCUGCUAGGAGAUAAUGAAGACUUGACGAGUCCCUCCACCCCUCCCCUGACACACCAUCAAAGGCAUUUGCCACCUCCUCUUCCCAGCAAGACCCCUCCUCCUCCUCCCCCUAAGACCACCAGGAAACAAGCCUCCAUCGAUUCAGGAAUUGUACAAUAAACAAUGACCUUAAGACACCCGAUUUAAAACACACAAGGUUCUUUCCCCUCUGCAAUCACCCCCCCCCCCCCCCCCCCCUAGUGGACUACUUUUCACCAUCGGCUUCUGGUCAAACCUGGUCAAACGUAGGGCACUAUAUAGUGAACAGGGUGCCAUUUGGGGAAACAGCCGCAGUCUGACCAGGAGUGGAAGAAGAGUAUCUCACUCAGGCAACACUCCUUAUUGAGCCAUUCAUCUUGGUCGUGUCCCAAACAGCACCCUAUUCCCUACAUAGUUCACUACUUUUGACCACGGCCGAUAGGGCUCUGGUUAAAAGUAGUGCACUACGUAGGGAAUAGGGUGCCAUUUUGUGGCAGAGCCUCAUUGAUCCUUUUCCAUUUUUGCCUGAAGUGUGAUGAUGCGAUCUACUUUACCAUAGAUAGGGUAGAUAGGUGAAUCAGUUUCUCAUGAUUACUGGUCACUGAAUGUAUUGAUGCUAUCUACCAUCUAGGACUCCAUUCUCCACCUGAUACCAGUUCAGGCCUUUGUAAUGCUAUGAGAUCGUGUUCCACCUAUAGAACCUUUAGAAUGAGUGAAAUGAGUAUAGAAUCAGAACCAGGUGAAUGAAGCGUUCUCUGGUUCUGUCUUUGACCAAUAGACAGGCUGGUGAGUGACGACCAACAUUCUGACCCCUCCCACCUGCCCUAAGGAGCUGGGAGCACACAGUAACAGAAAACAUCCAUUUUUAUUCAGUGGUUUAUCUUUUUCUAUCCAUAUUCCCGCUUUGUACAGAGGUUUGUAUAUAGGAUUUUAUUUUCAUUUCAUUUUUCUUUAUGUGGAAUUUAUCAUGACUUUUAUUUUGUAAUAACAUAGCAUUAGAUUAACAGGUUUUCAUUUAUACCCCCCCCCCCCAAAAAAAAAAAAAAAAUGUUUUUUAAAGUGACAGGGACUAUAAAGAAUUGGUAUGUGAGAAUCUGCCUAUCGUUGAUUUUCUGGGUACGGUUUGUGUUUUCUUUGCAGUGAACACAACUAACUCCCUCCUUCAUCAUACAUCGUCAUUGUGUAGGAUUUUAACGCUGUAACAUUGACUGUUUCCAAUUCACUACUGACUUCUGAAUAAACUUUCUCAACUGGA